GUAUUUUUCCUGUUUACAUCCAGCUAACAGCCAGAAACAGUCGGCUGCGGGAUUUGCGACAUAAUGUCUGACAGUUGAUGAGUUUUGUGUGUUUAACGUUGCUUCCUGCUGUGUUUUCGGGGGGACAUGGUUUCGGCUCACCGGCGUUGUCUCUGGUUCCCCGCACCGCUGCUGGUCCCGCUGCUGCUGCGGUGGGCCGGGCUGCUGGUGGCCGCAGAGCAGGUCGCUUUGGUGGAGGUUUUUCUGGAGCAGCAGCCCGCUGUCAGCGCCCUUCUCCAGGGGGAGGUGGUGGAGUCCAGCCGCGGCAGCAGGAGCUCAGAGACCCGGGACGAGGAGCUGGAGGGGAACCUGGUGUUGGUUCGAGAUGACGAGACGCAGCCGAGCGGAGGAGGAGACGAGGACGACAGCAACCAGCAGGAGCCCUGGAUCGGCGUGGUGCCUGUGGAGAUGGACGACAGCAAAGCCUCAACCGGGAACCAGGAGUCCUUCGCUGAUGCAGUGGUUAACAGAAUGAAGCGGGCUUUGGUCCUCGGAGCGUCGGCGCUGAUCAUCCUGGCUCUCAACCAGAACUCAGUCAGCGAGAUGGAUUUGUCUCAGGUGCUGUCCAAGCCCAUCGUUGUGAUCCAGACGUCAGAGAACGUCACCAGGCUGUUUGGAGCUCUGCUAAGGGGUCUUCGGGCGACGGCCAAAAUCACGUAUGAGACGAUCCUACAGGACAACCUGGGAGCCACGCUCACGCUGUGGUCCAGCUGCGGCCGGUCGAGAGGCGGUCUGUACGGGGAGUGGCAGGGCGUCAUCUGCACGGGGGAGACCAACUCUCAGGUCCAGAAGUACCUGCAGCAGCUGUGGGACACCGUCCUCCUGGUGGCGCUGGUCCUCUGCACCGGAGUCAUCGUUCAGGCCCGCUGGCAGUACCAGGACCGCCAGCUGAACGACAACUCAGAGCUUCUUCCCAAGCAGGACGUCCUGAAGAGAAUGUCGUCGCUGAAAACCAAAAGGUACCGUCAGCCCAAGCCCUGGUGCGACCCGUCCCAGCAGGCCGAGACGGAGAACUGCGCCGUCUGCCUGGAGCCGUUCAACAACAACCAGUGUCUGCGGGUCCUGCCGUGUCGUCAUGAGUACCACAGGGACUGCAUCGACCCCUGGCUGCUGCUGCAGCACACCUGCCCUCUGUGCAAACGCAGCAUCCUCGGCAGCGUCUGCAGAGACAGCUAACGGUCGCUUCGGUUCCUGCAGACGCUCCAGACCGACCUCAUCCCGACUCUUCCUCCGUCCAGCCGUGGGUCCUGGCAGCAGCUCUUACCUGCAGCUCUUACCUGCAGCUCUUACCUGCAGCUCUUACCUGCAGCUCUUACCUGCAGCGCUUACCUGCAGCUCUUACCUGCAGGCGGACCCAACGCUGGCGGCGUAGACUCAAGCGUUACGAAGCGGUGCGGUGGAACCGUCCCGGGAACGUCUGUUAACUUUAGAAACACGUGGAAGUCCCCUGUGAAUAUCUGCAGAAGCGAUGAUGUGAGAGUCGCUAACGUCUUAACGUGAAAACUGACGACCUCUGUGUGUGUUUGUUAGCUUCAUGGACGACUUCUGCUCUCUUUAAUGAUGUCAGUGACUCGCCGCUCAGUUAUCUUGUUUCUGUUUCCUGGUUCAAUCCCUUCUGUGUUUUAUGUAUUGUUUUUUUUUUAAGGUUAGCGGCGCUAAAUCUACAGUUCUGGUCAGAAGUCUGCAUCACAGGCAGCUUUCGUUUUCCAGGGUGAAAAGAUUAACUCAGGUUCCAAAUUAUACAAACACGCCUAAAUCUCUACGUAACUAAUAUUUAGUUAAAUCUCCCGUAGAAAGUUGCACCUGGACAAUCUGCUUUUAUUAGCCGUCGACAAGCUUCUGGCUUGAAUCUGUCCUACAGCUGAGAUCUGGUAGGAGUUCAUUGAAAUAUGUUGGUUUCCUGACCCAGCUUUAAGGUUUAGCUCCUAAAAUUGAAACCGGUUGUAAUUUCGUCUGUAAGCCUAACUAAUCCCGUCUCUAACCAGUUCUGAUCUGCGUUCUGGGGUCAGUGUCCCAUUAGAAAACCCAAUUAUGUCCAGAUUUCAACCAUCUGACCCAGAAUGUCACUCUCAGAUGGAAGCACAUUGAUUCAGACGCUCAGGAACAACCGAAUGCUCAGCGAUGACGGUGGAAGUCGAGCUGAUUUUUACACCACGUUGCACCUGAGAGGGUCAAGAAAAGAAGAAAAUAAUCUGCUUUCUAGGAGUCAGCAUGAACAAACAGCAGGUUUUAACGUUCGGCAUCAUGCUGCGGCACCGUCUCGCUGUCAGCGGC